CCACCCCGAGCCGGCCGUGCCCGUGUGGGCGCCCGGCGCCGGGGCUGCUCGGUGCCGCUGCCCGCGCCUGGCGCCCGCCGGGCCGCAGCAGGGCCCCCUCACAGGGAGGGAUGUCGGGGACGCGCUGCCAGGCGCUGUACCCCUUCUCCGGGGAGCGGCACCGGCAGGGGCUGCGCUUCGCGGCGGGUGAGCUGAUCACGGUGCUGCAGGUGCCAGACGGCGGCUGGUGGGAAGGGCAGAAGGAGGACGGGCUGCGCGGCUGGUUCCCGGCCAGCUACGUCCAGCUGCUGGAGCAGAAACCACGAAAGGCAACUCCUCAGCCAGGAGAAGACACCUUGAACGGCCACCUUCCCCCUGGCUGGCAGAGCUACAUGUCUCCCCAGGGUCGCAGGUACUACGUGAACACCUUCACAAAUGAAACGACGUGGGAGCGGCCGAGCAGCGUGCCUGGCACUCCCAAGAGCCCUGUGUCACAGAAGAGUUCUGCAGUGAAUGGCUACUACAUCUCUGGGUCCCCAGUCCACCAGCUCGACUCAGGUCACAUGAGCCUCCGAAAACCCAGUGGGGACCCCCAGAGCCCGGGAUCCCCGGCGGCGCCGCGGCGGCAGAGCAAGGAGAGCAGCCUGACGAUCAACUGUGUGACUUUCCCCCACCCUGACGUAAUGCCAGAGCAGCAGUUGCUGAAACCUUCAGAGUGGAGCUACUGUGAUUAUUUCUGGGCAGAUAAGAAGGACUCACAAGGGAACAACACAGUGUCGGGAUUUGAAAUUCUUCUUCAAAAGCAGCUUAAAGGGAAACAAAUGCAGAAAGAAAUGGCAGAGUUUGUUCGAGAAAGGAUAAAGAUUGAGGAGGAAUAUGCUAAGAACCUGUCCAAACUGUCUCAGAAUUCCUUGGCUGCUCAGGAAGAAGGCACACUGGGAGAAGCUUGGGCUCAGCUCAAGAAGAGUUUAGCUGAUGAAGCAGAGGUUCAUCUCAAAUUUUCUUCCAAGCUCCAGAGCGAGGUAGAGAAACCCCUGCUCAACUUCAGAGAGAACUUCAAGAAGGACAUGAAGAAGUGUGACCACCACAUCGCGGAUUUGCGGAAGCACCUGGCCAGCCGCUACACGGCUGUGGAAAAGGCCCGGAAAGCCUUGACAGAGAGGCAGAAGGAUCUGGAAAUGAAAACACAGCAGCUAGAGGUGAAACUCAGCAACAAGACAGAAGAGGAGAUCAAGAAGGCCCGAAGGAAGUCCACCCAGGCAGGGGAUGACCUGAUGCGCUGUGUGGAUCUUUACAAUCAAGCCCAGUCCAAGUGGUUUGAGGAGAUGGUGACCACCACUCUGGAGCUUGAGAGACUAGAAGUUGAAAGGGUGGAGAUGAUUCGGCAGCAUCUGUGCCAGUACACACAGCUGCGGCACGAGACAGACAUGUUCAACCAAAGUACAGUAGAACUUGUGGAUCAGUUGCUUCGGAAAGUGGAUCCUGCCAAAGACAGGGAACUGUGGGUAAAAGAACACAAAACUGGAGACAUCCGACCUGUGGACAUGGAAAUAUAGACUGAUCUGUGGUUGGAUGUGAUGAGUCCACUGAAUUAAGCAGGCUAAUGUUUGUUUUUAAGGGUCAAAAGAGCAUAGGGAAAAGGUUGUUUCACUACCAGACAGACACCUUGUAAUUUAUGCCUGUAUGGGCUAUCUCUGUUCCAUUUAGUCAUUACAAUGGUCCUCGUUGUGCUAAGCCUUAAGCACCAGACAUUCCAGGGUGAAAAAAACAGAUGUGUGCUUCCCACCAGAGGUUCCCAAUUGCACGCAGCUUCCAGGAGAAAUCUGCUUCCUGGCACAGAAAGUGCCCUGUUCUUCAGUGACUUUGUGCUCCACCCCUUGCAUGACUAUCUCUAUACAGUGUGUUAGAGCAACCAGGCAGAGAGCCUCUGGCCAGCGAGGAGAGAACUGAAUAUGAUGCAGGAGGCAAGGAAGUGCUGAUCAGGAAUCCCAGGUCUAUCACUGACUGCUCUCAUGGCCACAGGCAAGUCAAUUAGCUUUCCUGGCUCCCCCAUUUAUCAAAUCUGUGUAUCCUGCAGCAGUGUUGUGUGAAUACAUCGCUUUCAUAUAACACUGUCUUUCACCAUGGCAGUGAAGUGAUGGCCCUUCUCCCAAAAUCUACGGAGAAGAUUCCUGUUCUUCCUGUUUUAUACUCCCUCUCAGGGAUACAUAAACUCAUUUUCAUGAUUUCUGUUGUCAGCCAGUCGGUAAGUUCGAAAGUGUUACCAUCACAAUUUUUUAUCAGGAAAGACUUGGUUGUACUAUACCUACCUCAUUAGCUGUCAGAGUGCCCUCAAUGACAGAAGGAGGUUGUAUUCCAAGGAAUAAAUGAGAUGUUUAAAAUCUUCCCUGCUCAUGCAAGGUGUUUUUCCACAGAAUCUCCUUAAAGACAGUCCUCUAAUAGUUUACUUAGGAUUCAGAUUUAAAUUUCUUUUGUUGGUUUCUUCAGGUGAAUGCGACAGCCUUUAGGUAUUUUUAAUUACUGGGUUUGUCCUGCUAAAUUUUGGCUUUUAUCUUUUUGGAGCCUGAUUUUCAAAGUUGCCAUGACUAUGUGAUGCUAGAUUGCAUUCAGUGUAGAUGUAGGUGCUCAGCACUUCUGUACCAUCAGAGUCUUAGCCUGAAUUUUUUUCUAUGUUACUGUCCUGGUUUAGGGCAAAUUAUAAGCAUCAUAAAGUCACCCCAGGACAUUACCCUUACUGCAAACCACCAAAAAUCCAACACUGCUCUUAGCAAAUAGUGUUAUGUAGUUUGGAGACUGGUUUUGAAAAGGUAUUUAUUUUCUUCUGCUGUUAGUUCUGAUUGAGUAUUCAGAGUUGCUGUUAAUAUAUUUUUUCAGCAUUUCACACAAUGCAAAGAUUAUUCAGAUUCUUCCUUUCGAUCCAGGAGAAAUCCUGAUUCUCACCACUGUGGCCUUUACUCGGUGUUUACUGUUUUCUUAGCUACAAUAUCCCAAACCAUACUAUUUCAUUUGAUCCACAGUUUUGCUCCAUUUUAUCUCACUGUUACUGUCUUUUUCUCCCCAGCCCCAGAACUGCAUCCUUCUUUUGUUCUACUACUGUUCCAGGUUUUUGUUCACCAUCCUGCAGAUUCUGGGACUGGAUCAUUGGGAGUCAAUAUUCCUCUUUGGAAAUACAAACUGAGACACAGAAAAGUCAUGCCUGAAGCAUGUUUGUAACAUUGCUGCAGUGGUUAAUUUUUCUGGUUUAUUAUUUUUAAAUUAUUAUUGCAUUGUUCUCAUAUUGCUCCCCUUUUCCCAACCAUCUGUUUACUAUUACAGGUUCAUUCCUGUCUUGCAAAUUCCUUCAUAACCCACUCCUCUGCUGCUUCAUUGACCUUUACAAACCCUUAGCAUCCUUUGCACGUUGGCAGUUGGAGUGCCAUGGCUGCUGCAUGCUCAGGAUCACUGCUCCUGGUGUGACACUUCUGUGCUGCACACUGGGGAAUUUGGUCUCCAGUUUUAUUCUUGGUGUUGGAAAAGCCUCACCUGAGUUCCUGCACAGAGCAUUGCAGCAGCAGCUGAAGUCUUUGGUUUGCCUGAGUGUCCUUGAGCUUAGUGAGAGCCUCCCUGGAAUCCCCUUCUCCUUCCUUCUGCCCUCAAGCAGGGCAGUUGAUGAUCUUUCCUUUUCAGUCUUUCUACUGAUUCACUCUCUGUCUUACUAAUUUUUGGCCAUAUCAAUGUAAUUAUUUUUCUCUUCAGGCUAGGUCUCAUAAGCUCUCAUAGACAAGCAUUAUACCCUUGAUAGCUCAGCUACCUCAGGUGGCAUAAAAGUAGCAGGAUGGCUCCUGAGACAGUGUUAGAAACAAAAAUUUUUAAUAAAAGACAAAAUAAAAAAGCUCUUUACAGAGAAAACCGAGCCAGGGCAAGAGGUUCUUGCUCCUGCUAAAGCACUUCACAAAAGCGAUUACAUCUUUUGUUCUCUUCUUUUCUAGUGAAUUGCUUAGGCAGGACUUUUUGGCUCCUGUCCAAUUGGCUAUCCUUAAGUUUGAGGUGAAGUCCCCAAGGUCCUAUGAGAUGUCUUUUAACCAAAUUGAGGAGAGAAACUUUUGGGCUUUUGUCCUUUUUAAGGAGACAGAGGGUAACUUGUUUACUCUGUCAACAGGGGCCACAUUCCUACAUCAGUGUGUACUUCUAACUCUUGCCUUGCACUUCAGAGGACAGGCACUUUUUUAUUUUUUAAGCCACAAGUGCAGGUUGAACUUUAAAGACUUCAGUGGCCAAAAUAAUGUGAAUACAUGAAAGCUGCAUUUCAGGUUGCCCCCUGUUCUAGGCUGUAUUGUAAAUUGACAAUGGUAAUCUUGACAAUGCCUCAGCACAUUCUUAUUUUGAUUGCAAAACAAAGCUAGUUGUGCACUUUAUACAGUAUUUUCCUUAAUAAAUACCUGAAAUAAUUUGUUAGCAAUUACACUUUAUUUUUCCUGUUUCUUUAAAGAUGUUUGUUACUUUAUCUAUUUUGGACUGGAAAUACUGUCCGUUAGCAUAAGUUUCUCUGGGGACUGUAAUGUGUUUUGGUUCCUCUGCUAAGGUGUAUUUAUGCUGCUCUACAUUUUUAGUUGGAGGGUUUGUUGGUUUUUUUGGUUUGGGGUUGUUGUUUUUUUUUUUUUAUGUUGUUGUUUUGUUUUGUUUUUUUUUUUACUUCUGGUUUUAUUUCCAGACAGUUUUCCUGCUUCUAGCUCUUGGUCCGUUUGAAGUGUUUCAGGGAUGUGGGUUGCCCAGAACAGCAAUUCUCUUGGUGGAGGCUGCGUCUCUUUUUCACUUCAAUGACCAGAGGAGAGCACAGCUACCUGGCUGUUGAUCUUUCCAAGCCCUGCUCCACCACAGGUGAGAUGUUCAUCCACAACACUUCCAUCUGUACUCAGUGCAAGUUUUGCUGUUGCUUGUAAACAAUUUUCAGCUUAUUUCUUUCAAAAGAUGCUAUUCCCUCCUGAUAUGACCCUGCAGAUCAGUGUUACCUGUCUCAUUCCCUUCUCUGACUGAUGGAUUUUGGAUAGUGAUGCCUUACAGGUCAGGCCAUGCUGGAUUCCCUUGCUGCUAACAGGCAGCAUCUUCAAAGAGGGAAGUGGCACAUUUAAAGGAGAGCAUGGAUUCCUGCUCUCACAGGUAAUUUUGGGAGUUUCAGCAUUGCUCUCUUUGUCUUCCACUGAGUUUCAAAUAUGCAGUGGAGCCCAGCCUGUCUUCAUGCUCCUGCUUCUCCAGAGCAAGAUCAAACUUGUGUUUUAUUAAAAUUCCAGCAUGUGUGGAUGCUGCAUGAUGCUGCUGCAGUGUAGCUGAUUAAUGGAAUACCAAAGGAAGUCCUUUACCUCCAGUACUGAGCUUUGGCAUCAUCCCAUUUCAUCUGGCACCUCCCACGCCUGGUGUGAGCUUUUGCUGCUGUAGCCACUGUGGGGAUCAGAUUGGCAGGGUUCUCUCUCAGCUCUGCCUGCUCUGAGGUCACAGAGCAGCUCAGUUCUCAGCUCACACUGUUUGCUUUCACUGCCAGAGGUGGAGCAAGGGGGGAUUUUCCUCAGGUCCUUAGCAGGUAGCUCUGCUUGCCCUGAUCUGUUAAGCCACCUGUGUUUUGGGAGUGCUGCCACACCUGUGAGCUCCCUCUUGGUCUGAGUGAUGCUGUCACACUCUUGUCCUGUGCUGGAGAUUUCUCUGGCAUUUUCCAUUUCAUCCAGAGCCUUUUGGCCCUUCUCUGGGCUACCUGAACUCCAUGGCUUCAGAUCAGCGCCACAGCUGGAGAGGUGCUUGCCAGCUGUAGCCUCAGCUGCCAUACAGAAUGAGAGCUUUUUAUUCCUCAUCCAGACCUUCCUGCCUGUGUCUCCAAAGCACAGUUGAACAUCCUUCUCUCUAAGGUAUUCUUUCAGCUCAUUUCCUGCCAGAACUCAUUCUGGAUCCAGUGCUGUUGGCUGAUUCCUGUUGGAGUUUAUGAGCUAAAAGCAGUGAGUCCUUUACCACAUGGGCCAAAUGCACUCUUCUCCCAUUAGCAGCAAGAUUCCAGUUUCUUGGAGUAAUAUCCCAAAAAGGCCUAAUUCUCAGUUUGCUCCAGGUUCAGUCAUCUCUGUAACUCGCACUUGUUCAUCACUUCUGUGGGUUGGACAUCUUUUGAAAGACUUUGGUUGCUCCCUUAUAGGGACAUUAGUUCAUUAUUGAACACUGGAAUUGUAGAAGAUAGCUUUAAUUUUUUAAAUUUUAUUUUAAAAUACUGUAACAGCAGUGAAAAUCAUACAGAAAUCCCUAUUAUGUUUCUAGACUCCCUUUCCCCCUGUGCCUCCCAUUAUUGCACAGAUAAACACUGAAAUUACACUUCUUGAGUGCCUGACAGGCAGCAUGCAACCUUGUGCACUGCUUCUUUUUCCCUUUAUGCAGCUUUUUUUCUUCUUUACUUGGGUUAGUUUUUUGGAUCUUUUUUUCCCUUAACAAUAGUUUUCUGUGGGGCAUUCACAGGAAAUUUCUUUAUGCUUGUAGCAGUCGUAGUUUCUCUGGCUUUGUUAGAACUCCCUAGAAUUGUCCUUGUUUUUAAUGUCAUUAUUUAAAUAUUGGCUGCAAGUUAGGCUUAUUAGAUAGAAAUGGGCAUUCCUCAUCUAUUCUUUGGAAGUGCUCAGCACUCAGAGAUUUCUUGGAAUACAACAGGGAGCUAAGAGAUAAGACUCUUUGAAAAUCAGGCUAACAAACAGAAAUGCACAAGCCUCUUCUUUCCUUACUUGUACUCAACUACAUGGAUAAAGUAAAUAUUAAGAAAUGAGAAAUAAUUAAAGUGUAGUUGCUCUCUGUGCAGCUCCCAGCAGCUCCAGUAUGUUCUUGUGUGGGGCUGCAGUCAGAACACACCUCUGGAGCAGCUGUAAAAACUCAAAUCCAGAAUUCAGAGACAAAGAAUCUCUGCCCAUCUGUUUCUUCAGUCACACACAGGGAGAGGAAGGGCACUGCUUACCCAGGUGGGUCCUUCACUACCAAGCACCUUAAGAAAUCCAGACAAGCACUUUGAAGGUCCCCCUGGAAUGAGUAGAUGUGGCUUCUUGAUGUGGUUAUUGGAUGUUUCCUUCUGAACUGAAAGCAGAUUUACUGUUUCACAGUAUCUCCUGUGCUCUUGUCCCCUGGUGCAGCCUGCUGUGUCUGGUCUCAGAGAUGGCAGCAGUGUCCUGAGGGCAGUCCUGGUCACCCUGACAUUCCUCUCGUUUGGCAAUUACAUCUCCAAAAGGCAGUGUCAAAAGGGCAGUUUUCGAAAUAAUGAGCUUUUCAGCUCACAGAGCUCUCUGGAAAGCCUGCAGGCUUUUUGCUCCCCAGGGUGUGUUGGAAUAGCAGAGUGGCGUGGCAGAGGUUGCUGCAGCGUUGGCUCUGAGGAGUUGCUGCUGUGAGGACAUUCCUGCCAUCCCCUCACAGGGAUGGGGAACAGCCCACAGGCAUCCUGUGAGCACCAGAGGAGCCUGCUGGCCACAUCUAUCUCAGCCAGGUGGGCAAGAGUCACAGGUAAAUUCAGAUUACAGCAGACACAUAGGGCAGGAGGGUGGUUACCUCAGUGGGACCUCUCCCAGACCCCAAUGGGCAUUGAGUAAUGAUGAGUGAGGAGCCCAAAACUAUCCCAGUCCUGCUCAGGAGCUGAAAAUCAGUGCUGGGAUGUGUCUGUGCUGACACAGAGCUGUCCAGCUCACUGGAAAUCAGUGCUGGGAUGUGUCUGUGCUGACACAGAGCUGUCCAGCUCACUGGAAAUCAGUGCUGGGAUGUGUCUGUGCUGACACAGAGCUGUCCAGCUCACUGGAAAUCAGUGCUGGGAUGUGUCUGUGCUGACACAGAGCUGUCCAGCUCACUGGAAAUCAGUGCUGGGAUGUGUCUGUGCUGAUACAGAGCUCAUCUCACACCUGCUUGUGCCCAUGGAAGUCCUGCAGGUGCCAGUGCUGCCCUGGGGGCUGCAGAGGGGCUCUGGCAUUUGGCUGCCCCAGGGCAGGGGUGCUGAGCCUGCUGUGCUUCAGGAGCCUGGAGCACCCAGCCCUGCUGAUGCACAGUGGGAAUGAAAUCUUUCCUGGCAGCAAACCCUUGUCUUUUCCUGAGAAGCACUGUUGUAAGAAUAACACCCACUGCUUUGUCUUACAGUAGAUUUUCUUCAUGUGAGUGGUGCAUCUUUCAACUCUUUAUUUUUGCCUCUCUGUUGUCACUGUAGCCAGCUCUUCAUCAGUGAAGUACAACACUUGAAUUUUGAAAUUUCGUAGAACAUAUCUGUUAUUUCAAUGUGCUAACCAAACUUCGCGCUUUUGGCUGUUUUCUGAGGGUUUUAAGAGCUUUUUUGGAGAGGUUAUUUUGGGGUUUGUUUUGGAUUUUUUUUGAUCAGCCACCAGGUUUGGAAGUGUAAUAACUUCUUUUUGUGCUAGCUGCAGUUUCUUUUUCCUUCCUGGAUGUUUUUUCUGAAGGGACCAACACAUAGCACAAUUCAACCUAAAUUUCUAAUCCCAUGCAUUCCUCAAGGCAGAAACCUUUUGUGCCUAAUGAUGCAUCUGAGUCUAAGAACUGUACAUGGAUAAAAUCUUUCAUAGAUAAAUUAAAAAAAAUAAGUCUUAGAUUAACCACAUAAUAAUUAUGGAAAAAAAACAUCUAUAGAUUUCAGACAUUCAGAUUCAAUUCCCUCAACUUACAUUAAGUUGAACUAUUUCAGGUGUGUCAUAAGAGAUAAACUCAGUGGAUAUUCAGAAGAAAAGCUUUCCAGCUGUUCUAUCCAGGUUCAGUGAGUGGACAGGACUAUAAUUUUAAAUAUAUGCAGUCUUUUAGGGCUACUGAUUUAACAAGUAACUGAGUAAUGGCUUGUAUCACAACCCUAUUAAAAUUCUGCUAGCAAAUCCCCUUGAAGUGCCUCUUUAAAUAGUACCUGCUACAAGCAUGUGAAAAAUACAGAUUUACCCUACAAAUUGCCAAAUCUCAGGAGCAGCCGCUGGGCACAGCUCUGUGCAGGAUUCUCAGCCCCUUCCUUGCUCUGAACUGUGCUCCCUCUUAGGACAGCCACAUCUCCAGGAGACCUGCCUUUGGCUCUGAGAAUUUGCUGUCCAGCUCAGGCAUCCUAAAUUCUCAAUGCUGAAAAUGGAAUAGAAAAAAUAAGACUUUAAAAGCAACUGCAUUGAAACUAAUCUUUGGACCCAUCCUUGGUCUCAGUAGAAUAAGCAGGGAAAUCUGCAUAAAAAUCGUAUGCAGUGAUAAUUUUGCAUAAAAGAGUUGUUACACUUUAUUGCAUAAGAUUAAUUAAUAAUAAUAAAUUUUUUAAGAGCCCACAACGUUUUUUUUUACAGCAGUUGCAGGGGAGAAAUGUUCUAGUCCUGGAACUCAAAAGCUGAAUGUGAUUUCAGGGAUCUCACGUCUGCUAACAAAAUAAUCAAAGUCAUGUUAACCCCAGAAUUUGGGAAUGGUUGACCUGAAAUGCCUUGUUCCUUUGGAGUUUUUUUAAUAAAAUGGCUGAGAUUAUCAGAAUAACCUAAGGAAUUGGGAUGUUCAUACUCUUUUAGGUCAAAAACUCUCUUUAGGAACAGCAGCCUCUCUCCAUUAUGAAAACAGCAGGUAUUAGUGUUGGACAAAAAUACUUUCUUCUCCUUAGAUGAUUCCCUUGUUUUGUGCAACACCAGACUGAGAAUUCCACUGGGCAGUUCUGCAGACUGUAGCAGCAGGGAUUCCCAGGCAGGCCAGAUACCAGUCAUACCCUAAACCAGAGUUUUCUACCAAAAUUAAGUUGCUUCUUUGGUCCUUUUUGUGUAAGUUUUCCUAAAUACUUCUAAAUUUCUAGGAAAGUUGUCUUUUGCCAGUACUAAUGACUUGUUUUUAAAGAUGCUUAACCAAAAUUUUAUAACUUCCCGUAAAUUUUGGCUGACUAGACCCCUUAAAUAGUUUAUAUAUCACACAGCCUCUGUCUGGGUUACUAGUAAAUCUUGGAUCAUUGUGGAAAUUAUGGGAUGGCUUUUGUUCCCUAAGGAUAGAUGAAGGAAUCACUUACUGAACUUAAGGUGAAUGAAGAAAAGAUUUAAGGGGCAGAUCUUCAGCUCGAAUAAACUGGCAGGGUUCAGUGGAAGCUACUUGAUGUCAGCUGUGGAUCUUGUCCUUCAGUGUUGAAGGCAUUUCCUCUAUGUAAUUUUUCUGUCUUACUGUAAAACAAUUUCAUAUGGUUAAACUGUAUUUUCCUAUAUUGUUCUGCAAGUUUAUAUACACCAUAGUGCUCAUCUCAUCUCCUGUAAAAUAAACUGUACAGACACAUUGAGCAUGGAA